GCUGCUAUCCGCACGGGCCAAUUAGCCACGAUGAUUCAGAUCUGUCAGCGCAGCUCCCAGGGCCCAGGCUCGAUUGCGUCAGAUCUUAUCACCCCGCGCGCAUAUUCCGAAGUAGUAGGUUCAUCAAUCAUCAUUUAGUCAUGCGCAGCUCGACCCAAGUAUAAGUAUCUCAGCUUGAGACUACAUUAAGCUUAUCGAAUCUCCCACCUCUAACACGCUGACGACUAGUACUUACCAGCGUCCAGCAUUCCCCACAUGGCCCCAGAACAGAUCACCCUUUACACUGCGAAGAUAUGUCCCUACGCUCAAAGGACUGAAAUUGCCCUUGCCGAGGCCGGCGUUCCGUUCAAAAGAUACGAGAUAGAUCUGGCGAAUAAGCCAGAAUGGUACGCUCCCAAAGUGAACCGUGCCAGCAAGGUACCGGCUAUUGCUUAUGGUGGUCCCGAUGUACCCCCAGAGAGUCCUUCUCCCAAGUCCAUCAAAUUGGCAGAGUCUCUUAUCCUCGUCGAGUUCAUCGGUGAUUUGUACCCCUCCUCCAAUAUCGUACCUGCGGACCCUGUUCUUCGCGCCCAGGCCCGUUUCUUCAUCGAGAUCGUAUCUACUAAAUUCAGUCCCAAUUUCAUGAAGUUUGCAACCGGCAAUCCGGAAACCACCCAUGUCACUGUCCUCACCGGUGUGGAUGCCAUUCAGGACAUUUUACCUGACGGAGCAAAAUACGCUGUUGGCGACCAAUACACUAUUGCAGAUAUCGCAUUCACGCCGUUCUGGGCAAGACUGAAUUUGAUAUUGCAGAAAGGAAUCGGAGCCUACAAAGAUGAGGAAAGAAAGAGCUUUUUGAAGGCUCUGGAGGACCCCAAGUACACGAAAUUUAACGGAUACGUGCAAAGGUUGCUGGAAAGGCAGAGUUUCAAAUCUACAUUCCACGAGGAUAUCGUGGGAGAGGUCUUCACGAAGAGGUUCGGCUUGGCCAAAUAAGCGGGACUGUACAUCAGAGGACAUCGUUGGAUCGUGUACCAAUAAACAUUAUCAAUUAUCGUUGAGACUUUUUUCUACUGAACGGUCGAAGGACCCUUUGAUUAGCAAGGGCACAAAUCCCGGUCAUCGUUCUACGAUGGGACACAUGCCGAGUGAGACGAUUGGCAAA